CAAGAGCGGCGCUGCCGCGGGGGCUGCCGGGAUCGUGGAGGCUCCGCUGCGGGUGGGGCCCAGCUGCGGCGGGAGGACCGGGAGCGGCCUGGCGGAGGAGUAACGGCCCCGGGCGGGUCCCUUCCAGGAUGUUCUUCACCUGUGGCCCCAACGAGGCCAUGGUGGUCUCAGGUUUCUGUCGCAGCCCCCCCGUGAUGGUGGCUGGGGGGAGGGUCCUGGUGAUCCCCUGCCUGCAGCAGAUCCAGAGGAUCUCCCUCAACACUCUGACCCUCAACGUGCGGAGUGAGAAGGUCUACACUCGCCUCGGGGUCCCCAUCUCUGUCACUGGCAUCGCCCAGGUGAAGAUCCAGGGGCAGAACAAGGAGAUGCUGGCAGCUGCCUGCCAGAUGUUCCUGGGCAAGUCGGAGGCAGAGAUCGCUCAGAUCGCCCUCGAGACCCUGGAGGGCCACCAGAGGGCCAUCAUGGCCCACAUGACCGUGGAGGAGCUGUACAAGGACCGGCAGAAGUUCUCGGAGCAGGUGUUCAAGGUGGCCUCCUCCGACCUGGUCACGAUGGGCAUCAGCGUCGUCAGCUACACCCUCAAGGACAUCAAGGACGACCAGGACUACCUACACUCGCUGGGGAAGGGUCGCACGGCACAGGUCCAGCGCGAUGCCCGCGUGGGGGAGGCCGAGGCCAAGAGGGAUGCUGGCAUCAGGGAGGCUGCUGCCCGCCAGGAGCAGGUCUCAGGGCAGCUGCAGAGUGAGGCCUGCACGGCUCAGGCCCAGAGAGACUUCCAGCUGCAGCAGGCAGCCUGCGACGGCGCCGUCAGCGCCCGCCGGGCGCAGGCCGACCUGGCCUACCAGCUGCAGGUGGCCAGGACCAAGCAGCAGAUCGAGGAGGAGAGAGCUCAGGUGCUGGUGGUGGAGAGGGCCCAGCAGGUGGCGCUGCAGGAGCAGGAGAUUGGGCGCCGCGAGAGGGAGCUGGAGGCCACCGUCCGCAAGCCUGCCGAGGCCGAGCGCUACCGGCUCGAGCGAUUGGCCGAGGCCCAGCGGUCCCAGCUGAUGAUGCAGGCAGAGGCAGAGGCUGAAGCCUUGAAGGUGACCGGGGCGGCGCGAGCCGCGGCCUUGGCAGCCAAGGCCAAGGCGGAGGCGGCGCAGACCCAGGCCAAGGCCGAAGCCUUCAGCAGCUACCAGGAGGCUGCGGUGGUGGAUUUGGUGCUGCAGAGGCUGCCACAGGUGGCGCAGGCGGUGGCGGAGCCGCUGCUGGGGGCCCGCAGGGUGACGCUGGUGGCAGGGGGCUCGGGGCCCCUGGGGGUCUCGCGGCUGCCGGGGGAGAUCCUGGAGGUGGUCUGCAAGCUGCCGACCGCCGUCGAGGCCCUCACCGGAGUCAGCGUCACCAAGGCUGCCCAGAAGAACCCAGGAGAGUGCCAGGCCUGAGCCACUGCCACCCUCCCCUGGCAC